AAAAAAAAAAAAAAAAAAAAGAAUUGGGAUCCUAACUCGGAGAAUUCUCAGAGAUAAGCCAGAUUGAAUGACUAUGAUUCAUACGAACUAGUGUCAAAUCAGGCAGGUAAGCAUGCGGGGGCGGAGAGAGAGAGAAGCACUCAUUAUAAGCACAUGACAAAACUCCAACGUUCUGAGGCCACAUAGUUCACACGAUUGCACACAUCAGCAGCAAAAAUGACCGAAAAUUCCAUCCCGGCCUCAAUGGCCGGCAGGAUUGCCUCGUACUCAAUCACGCCACCUUCUGCCCCUGAAAUUGAGAUAGCACAGGCAGAACAUCGCAUCACACUUAUAAAUCACUGGAGCAUCGGGCCUGGCCACCGCGUGCUGGAAAUUGGCUGCGGACAGGGGAACACUACGGCAGUCUUGGCCGAGGCAGUCGGAGAGACGGGCUCCGUCGACGCGGUCGACCCCGCCCCGCCAGACUACGGCGCCCCCUUCACGCUGGCGCAGGCGCAGGCGCACAUCUCCGCCAGCGCCGUGGGCGGCCGCAUCACCUGGUACAACGCGGAUCCGGUCGACUUCCUGCGCUCCAGCCCCGCGACCACAACCUGGGACUUCGUGGUGCUGGCCCACUCGAUCUGGUACUUUGCGUCCAGCGACGUCUUGACCGAGAUCCUGCGGGCGCUGCGCGGCAGGGCUGCCAAGUUGUGCGUGGCCGAGUAUUCGCUGCGCGCCACCGAGGCUGCCGCGGCGCCGCACGUUCUGGCGGCCGUGGCGAGGGGGAUGCUCGAGUGCCAAAAUGCGGAGAGCACGGCCAAUAUCCGCUCGCCGCUGAGUCCCGAUGCGAUUGCUGGGAUUGCGGCAGGCGCGGGCUGGACGAUGGAGAGGCAGGGGACGGUUGUUCCUGGGCCGGGGUUGCUGGAUGGCCACUGGGAGGUGGGUAGUGUGGUUGCUGAGUCGUUUGUCAGCGAGGUUGAGGACGCGGUUCGGGACGAGGGCAUGCGGCUGGUCUUAGCGUCGGCGAGGUAUGCUGUCGUUGGUGCUGUAGAGGCGCUGCGGGGAGAAAAGGUCAGGACAAUGGAUGUUUGGGUAUCGUCGUUUACUUGAGUUAUUGGGAGGAAUGGUAGUCUUGUGGUGAUCUUGUGGAUCUGAGCACAAAAUGGUUGUGUAAAUGGUACUGGAUACCGCCCUCACUAAUAGUUACCAUUAAAUCAUUGGACAUAUCGACAACUGGGGA